AAAAAGGGCUCUCAGUUGAACGACAGCCCGAACUGGAGACAACCAGUUUUAUUUUACAACAGGAAUUCCCACGCAGCGCACAGGAUGCAUUAGCAGCGGGGAAAACACUAAUGACCAGGGACCGGCUAGAGCUUGUCAGGGUUGUCGUAAACGGCUUAAUGCGAAAGUCAUCGCGGCCCUCGAGAGACUGCGCCAGGUGUGUGGCCGAAGGACUUGUAAAGAUGUUUCCGGCAUCACUAGAGGAUCGAGGGAUUGACGGACAGAAGCUGGGCACAGGGUAUGAUUCGCUUCUCUAUCAACUAGAAAACCGGAUCGAAAACCUAAGCCGCGAAAAGCGGUUGUCAGCUCCUGAAGCAGAAGAAUCUCGCCCAAAGAGAAAAAGUUCUAAAUCCUCGUAUGGCUGCUUGAAUUGGCAACUCCAGUUGUCGGGCGAGGGAGACAUUCAUGACUCAAAUGAAAGCAAGGAGUGGAUGAAGAGAGAAGCGCACAAGGCAACGAAGGACCUCGAUUUGUCCCGGGCAAUGAAACUUUCAACAGCUAUGUAUGGCGAUCAAAGAGCAUAUAUCAACAGUGUGAAUCCCAUACACUCUGCGAGGGACGUGAAGGAGGAGUGGCCUCUCCUUUUUCAUAAACCGAUGUUUUAUGCACAUCUGAAGACCCUGCUGGGAAAGGACAUGCUUGAAACUUUUGCUGAAGGACUGAAGCUAUGCACUGCGCUGUUAGGCAGGCACUUUGUAAAGAGCCCAUACAGGGAGCUUUUGUUUUGGUCUGUCCAAGCAGAAGAGGCAGAGAAGCGUGGCGAGGUCAUGGCAAAAGAAAAAGUGCUACUGCCACAAUUGGCAUGCUAUUUCAAAGAAAAGACUGAAAUCCUGGUGCAGGUACUUGAGGAAGGAAAUAGCAUUACAGACCAGCUGCCCUCCCUUCCAUGCACCCCCAUGGUGGUUGCUGUCGGAAGCAUUUUCAGUCGAAGCUGCUUGGUGGUAGUUGAGCAGCAAAUUUUGUUCGAUGAACCAGUUGAGUUCCACGAGGCGGCAUGCCUUCUUUUUUGUGCUUAUUACGUCCUCAACAUGGUCUACCCGAGAGAUGUAGAGGCAACACUGGAGUUCAUCCAGAGGCAGAUCUGCGGCAUCAACCCUCCAAAGGGUAGCAAAAGGGACAGCUACAGACGGGGCCUGGUGCAUCCAAAGAUUUUGCGCCUUAUGAAGGACGUGAAGUGAGAACCUUCGGCAAGCCACAAAGAAAGUGUGCAUACAGCAGCUUUUUUUUUUUAAUACUAAAGUACCAAAGUUUUGUGGGCAAUAAGGUAUUCAGCUUCCACAUAUGCAUCUCAGCCACAAAGAAAGUGUGCAUACAGCAGCCUUUUUUUUUAAUACUAAAGUACCAAAGUUUUGUGGGCAAUAAGGUAUUCAGCUUCCACAUAUGCAUCUCAGCCACAAAGAAAGUGUGCAUACGGCAGCCUUUUUUUUUUAAUACUAAAGUACCAAAGUUUUGUGGGCAAUAAGGUAUUCAGCUUCCACAUAUGCAUCUCAGCCACAAAGAAAGUGUGCAUACAGCAGCCUUUUUUUUUAAUACUAAAGUACCAAAGUUUUGUGGGCAAUAAGGUAUUCAGCUUCCACAUAUGCAUCUCAGCCACAAAGAAAGUGUGCAUACAGCAGCCUUUUUUUUUUAAUACUAAAGUACCAAAGUUUUGUGGGCAAUAAGGUAUUCAGCUUCCACAUAUGCAUCUCAGGGUGCCCUUGCAUGCACUAUAAAGGUAUCCAGGAGGUCUAUAAUUGAAGGACAACAAAAACACAAGCAUGGAGGAGCCUCUAGUCAGUACA